GUGAAGUCGUAAAGACGUUCAAAAUAUAAAUCUAAGUAAUGGCGGAACAUAAUUAAUAUGGUUAUGACUAAAUGUACAUGUUAAUGUGACUUUAAACAACUACAAUGAAAUGUGAAUUAUGUUUUAUAGUGAAAACUUCGAAGGAGCGGGCAUUUUGUUCGUCAGGCAAGUAGAAUAGCUUAAAUACUUGCUUGGUACGGAAAUAGAUGGAGUUUGUGUCUGUGACUGCAUACACGUAUACCGUUUA